AUGGCCGCUCCUCAAGUCGCUCGACUGAUUAGUCGCAGGACCCAUGCCCUGCCUGGCCAGUUGCAUGUCACGGAGUUGUUCUUCGAGGUGCCCGAGAACUACGCCCGCCCUGAAGCUGGCACUCUGAGGCUCUUCGGCCGCAAGGUCACGAAGCAUGACCGGCCCAUCGUUCCCCUCUCCGACUCGAAUGCCGCCGAGAAAGAGAAGCUGCCCUAUCUCGUCUACCUCGAAGGCGGGCCAGGCUUUGGAAACCGCGCGCCACAAAACCAUGCUUUGACACAGGUGGCCCUCAACCGCGGCUAUCAAAUGCUGUUCCUUGACUACCGCGGCACCGGCCUCAGCACGCCCAUCCACGCCGACUCUGUACUAGCACGGGGUGGUCCUCAGCAGCAAGCUGAAUAUCUCAGACUCUUCCGCGCAAACAACAUCGUGCGCGACCUUGAGGCCGUGAGACUGUGCUUGACAGAGGGAUUAGAUGCGGAUAAGCAAGCCUGGUCCAUCUUCGGCCAGUCCUUUGGCGGGUUCGUCAGCCUGACCUACCUGUCCAAGUGCCCUCGUAGUCUCCGGGAAGUCUACCUGACAGGAGGUCUCGCCCCCAUCAAGCGCACGGCCGAGGAGGUGUAUGCCGCAACCUACAAGAAAGUCAUCGAACGCAACGCAGCCUACUACCAGAAAUACCCCGAGGACAUUCCCACCGUGCGCCGACUGGCCGAGUACAUCCAAGCCUCCAAAGACGGCGCGAUUUCCCUCCCCUCAGGCGGCAAACUGACCGUCCAACUCUUCCUCACCCUCGGAAUAGCCUUUGGCGUGCAUGGCGGCCUCGACGUAGUCCACUCGCUCGUUCUCCAACUCGCCACCGACCUCGACCACUUCAACCAUUUCACGCCCGCUUCGCUCGCCGCAAUCGAGUCCCAGAUUCCCUUCAACACCCACCCCAUCUACGGCAUCCUCCAUGAGGCAAUCUACAGCACCAAACAAAUGGGCGCGCCCGCCCCCAACUGGGCUGCCCACCGCGUCGGCAAGACGCUCCAGCCUUUCUCCUGGCUCGCCAACCCCGCCACCUUACUCGAGUCCAACGCUGCCUCGGAACCGCUCUACUUCUCGGGCGAAAUGAUCUACCCCUUUCACUUCGACGGGACGGCCGGCCCGGAGCUGGCGCGGAUGAGGGAGGCGGCCGAGCUGUUGGCGGCCAACGAGGUGUGGGACGAUGAUCUGUACGACGAGGAGCAGCUGCGCCGGAACGAGGUGCCUGUGUAUGCGGUCAGCUAUGUCGACGACAUGUUUGUCGACUUUGAGAUGGCGCGGGAGACGGCGCGGCUGGUGAAGGGGAUCAAGGUGCACGAGACGAACGGGUGGUAUCAUGACGCGGUGCGGUCGAAGAGCGACGAGGUGUUUUCGACGUUGUUUAAGUUGAGGGAUGACUGUAUUGAUUGAGGAGGGGUUGUUUGAUGGUGUAGGGUGCAGCUGGCUUGUGCUAGGGUUGGCCGAGGGUAGAUUGAUUGUUAGAUUUGUUGUUUUUCAGCGCGUUUCAUGUAUAUUUUCUGCGCUAUGCUGCGAUCGCCUGUCCGUUGUGGGUUUACACUCGCUGCCCAAGUAACGUCAGGCCAGCGCCGCUUGUACAGAGACUUAGGUGAGAAUUACUAGACGGUCGGUGUUACGGCGCCCCUGCUAACGGUGUAGAACAGGCAGUCAUUUCCCUUUUCCACGACAGAGAUCCUCCCUUGAGUCAGGGGCGUCGCCACGCCGCGGGUUUGCCAGCAGUGAAUUCUAG